UCUCCCCUCUCACAGCUCUGCGCGACGAGCUUCGGAGAUCGCGGAAAGUUGCGAGGAGGCCGCCAUGUUUAAUAAGAAGUCAGUGGUGCUGUAUUGUGGAGGCGCACCGAGCAUGGCGCCCGCCACGCCGGUAUCCCCCGGGGCCGGCGGAGGCGGAGGCAGCAGCAGCAACGGAGCCACAGCCGCCGCGGCCGUCUUCACGGCCAACGGCCGCUCUGAGGGCGCCGGCCCGUUCUCGCCUCGGAUUGGGCGCGGCUGGGGGGCCAGCGUCUUCCCUGAGGGCCCCUUGGCACGGAUUGGCUCCGGGGCGCCCCUCGCGGGGCCCCUGGCGCGGAUUGGGCCCUUCGAAGUAGCGCCCCGCGCGCUGAUUGGCUCCCCCGCCGCGGCGGCCGUUGGAGCCGCGCGGCCCCUGGCGCUGGCGCUCCCUGAGGGAGAGCUGGACGGCUGCGACGACGACGACGCGGAGGCCGGAGAGACGGGCGGCCUGCCUUCGCCCAGCCCUUCGCUGGAGUCCAUACCGUCCUCGCAGGGGGACGACGACGACGUGGUGGUGGUGCCGGCGGCGGCGGCGCCCGCCCCGGACGACCUGCGCAAACUGACGCUGGAGUUGGUGAGCCGGUACCUGCGAGAGGCCGCCUCGGGCGACGCGGACGCCAAAGGGCCGUCGGGAGGCGGCGGCGGCGGCGGGAAGAAGAUCCUGAAGGGCCUCCUGGGCCGCUUGGGGACCACCCACGAGGAGGAGGAGGAGGAGGCCGCCUCCUUGCCGGGCGCUGCGCAGGCGCUAGAGACCCUCCGGCGGGUCGGGGACAACAUCCUCGACAAGCACCAGCUGGCUUUCCAAGGAAUGCUUAGGAAGAUUGAAAUAAACAAAGAGGAUGACCUGAAGACUGUGUCAAAAGUUGCAAAGCACCUUUUCAGUGAUGGCAUAACAAACUGGGGUCGAAUUGUGACUCUCAUCUCUUUUGGUGCCUUUGUUGCCAAACAUCUGAAGAGCAUCAAUCAGGAGAGUGCCAUCGGUCCUUUGGCAGAGAUCAUCACUGAGGUUUUGGUUACAGACAAACGGGAAUGGAUCCUCAACAAUAAUGCCUGGGAGGGAUUUGUUGAUUUCUUCCAUGUAGAGGACGUAGAAGGCAGUAUCAGAAGCGUUCUGAUGGCUUUUGCAGGCGUGGCUGGAAUAGGAGCAGGUUUGGCUUACAUGAUCCGGUGAGUCAAGGAGUGCUCCCAGUGAGGAGCUAGCUUGGACUGUCCUGUUCUAAUGUGACUAGAAAACUGAGCCGUUCUUUGAAAGUUGACGGGAGAAUUAAAACACCUCGAAAUCCCAUGGAAAGUUUGGUCUGAACUGUCAGUUUUAGAAUGUCACCAACAAGGAUGUCUUUACAAAUGGGAUCCUUCAAGCCAAGGAACACGCACUCCGCUUCCUCCAGAGGUGAAGCUAAGAGGACUAAAGCCCACCUGAGCACAGUCUUGGGCUUGGACUAUGAACCCACAGCCACAUUGGGCUUGUUAUAAGAACUGUUGGAUGUGCUAGGUAGUGUUCUGUUUGCACAGAACUGUGACCAUACGCCCAAACGGGGUAUCUAAAUGAUCACCUUCAGAGAAGAGAGUGGUGUGUUAGGGGUGACGUGCAAGAUGCUUUGUGCGGUGAGCAAAAUGAAGGACCUUCAGGUGAACACUGCAAAUGCCUUAUCUGUUCGCUGGCACAGGUGUGUUGUGUCUGCUGUGGAGAGAGAAAACUCCAAAAUCUGAACCCAUCUCAUUGCAUCAAGGGCUGAUCCUGUUCUAUGUAUUCCCUUCAGUUUUUGUUUCCUGUUCUCCUCUGCCCUCCCCUUGGAAGCGUACACUGCCAUAGCUCCCAAGACAUGGAGCGCAAUAGUGUAAAUAUGUAUAAACCUUCACUGGGAUGUCAACAGAAAUGUGUGUACAUUUGUGGCUGAAACUGUACAAAGUGUAUACUCUUAAAGAGAUUUAUCUUUGGGAAAGGUUGUAAAAGAGUUUUUUU